AUGGGUUGGUGGGGGAAGAGGAACAAGAAGCGAAUAUUAGCGAGAGGGGCAAUGGUGUUAGAAGAGCUGAUAGAAUGUUGUGAUGGCAAAUCUAAUCCUAUCAAAUUCUUCUCUGCUGAUGAGAUCCUCAAAGCCACCAACAGUUUCAGCAAAUCAAAUCGUCUUUCCGGAUUAGAAAUAUGGUAUUCAGGUAAGAACGAGAACCACCACAAAAUACUCGUUAAGAAAUGCUAUAAUUGCGAAGAUAGAAGUAUUUGCCGCGACAUAGCAGUUUCUUCGAUGGUAAGUGGUCACAAAAACUUUAUGAAAUUGAUUGGUUGUUGUCUUGAGUUUAGAAAUCCAGUCAUGGUUUAUGAUGGUGUUAAGAAACAUUACAAAUUAGAUAUAAGUGAGCAGCCAUGGAAAAGGAGGAUGAAGAUAACAGAGGAUAUCGCCACUACUUUAGCUUACCUUCACACCGCGUUCCCAAGGCCCUUCGUAUAUAGAUGUAUGAGUCUUGGGAAUAUCUUAUUGGAUGAAGAUGGGGUCGCAAAGCUUAGUGAUUUAUCUUACUGUGUCUCAAUUCCAGAAGGAGAAACAUUUGUACAUGUUGAUAGUCUAGUGGGAUUACAUGGUUACAUGGACUAUAAGUACCUGAGAAAUGGCGUUGUCUCGGAGAAAACAGACGUCUUUGCCUUUGGAAUGUUAAUGCAAACGUUUCUAACCGGAAGAGAAAGAUUUUGGAAGCGUUUUAUAAGAGAACAAGAAAAAGAAAAAGGAGAAGGUGAUGGUGAUGGCGAUGGUAGUGGUGAUGAUUCUAUAACCAUGGCAAAGAUGAAGUUAAAUUGGAUUUUACGUUUCAUGGAAGAAGGGAGAGUCGAUGAGAUUGCUGACCCAAAGAUGGGUGAAAAUUCAGAACUAGAGCUUUGUCAAAUGAAAGCUUUCUUGAUGCUAUCACUGAGAUGCGUUGGUCAUAAAGGGGAAGUUCCAACGAUGGUGGAAGUGGCAAAAGAACUGAAAAAGAUACAAAGAUCUCUUAAACCAGGCUUUAAACAUAGAGAUCCUUAUGGUGAAACCCAAAUCGACUAUGCUCAAGACAUUUCUUCCCAAGACAUCCUUAUGGACAUGGUCUUGUUCUAGUGUAGAGACACAGGAGCAUCGGUCACCAACUUGAACAACAAGCAUACGUUAGGCUAAUAUCUCCCUCUAAUGGCCAUACAACCAACCACACCUAGCUAGCCACAUGCCUCUAUUUGAAUAUUCUACUAGAAAUGAGUAUUUAUCAUGUUAUUUACUUUCUACUAGAGGAUAACUCGUACUUUCGCACGGUUGAAAUAU